AUCAGCGUGGAGAUUGUUUGCAGAGAGCGGCUCCUCGGAGAGGAUUGUCUUGGUUGGCAGCAGUGCUCGUUGUUUGGAGUCCGUCAUGUGUGAUGCCACAAUGGCAGUUCUGUCCGGGAGCACUGAGAGUACACUAUUCAUUAGGACUUCUAUGGGACAGAUAUCUCUCUCUCUGCCAUCUACUGUAAUAUCUCCUCUUUGUUUGUUUUAAAUGCAGUUUUUUAAAGGAGACGUCUGGUGUGGUUUUUCUUAAUGUCAACAAAUCAGUCAGUCUGGUUCCAAACCUUUUGAAUCGCUGCCGGAUUUAUUUCAGCGAAUCAAAGACUGUGUGUUUCCACCGCUUGGACAAAAAACAACCAACAGAGCCAAUCAGAGCUCUGUGGGCGGGAUCAAGAAUGGGGACUUUAUGUUCCCGCGCCAGAAAAACUACAAAGGGCGCGACCAAGAAAAUGGCGGCAAGCGUGGAAGAGAUCGAUGGCGACGCAGCGGUGCCGGUUGCCCCCGACCUGCGACCGGCAAUGGACUGCAUGAACAACAGCUACAGCUCCGGAGACACCAUGACCUCCUCCUUAGCCAACGUCACCAUCAACGAGCAGCACCGCCAGGAGAACGGGGUCAUCAUGAAAGAGACUGAAGCAGCGCUCAGUGAAAACGGUUUGAAACCUGAAUCCGCACUGUGUGACGACGAGGUGCCUCCUGCAGAGACGUCUGCAGAGGAAGCCGGCGUUGGAGCUGAAGUGCCCGAGCUCUCAGAAUCAGAGAGCCCUUCACGUGGAGACGAGGGGCAGCUCGCAGCAGCAGGAGCGGCUUCAACAGCUCCAGCAAAGGUGGACAACAGCUCUGCAGAUAAGACACAAACUGCCACCAAACCAACCACUUCCCCUAAAAGACCAUCCAUAGUCACCAGGGGCAACAAAACACACCCUUCCUCCCGAAACGGCCCCAGCUCCAUCCCCAUUAAAGCCAGCAGCCCGGGGCCCAAGCAGCCCGGAAGCCUCGGUGGCGCAAAACCUCAAACCCCGGGAAUCAAAGCUUCUGUCAGAACUGCAGCUCAACAAGCUAGUGCCAAGAAACCUCCCACUCCAAAAAAUGGCAAAGAUGGGAGUGGACAGAGCAGCCCCGGCACUCCCAAAUCUCCCGCUAGCCAAGCGCUCUCUGCCAAGGCGGCGGCCGAGGCCAACAAAGUGAAGAGGGUCGCGGUGGUGCGCUCCACACCCAAAUCCCCGGGCUCGCUGAAGAGCCGCCCGCCGGCCCCUCUGGCUGCGGCGGCGCCCAUGCCGGACCUGAAGCACGUCCGGUCCAAGAUCGGCUCCACAGAGAACAUGAAGCACCAGCCGGGAGGUGGAAAGGUCCAAAUCCUGGACAAGAAGAUGGACGUGGCCAGCGUCCAAGCUCGCUGUGGAUCUAAAGACAACUUAAAGCACAUGCCCGGGGGAGGCAAGGUUCAAAUUGUUGAAAAGAAGCUGGACUUAAGCAACGUACAGUCCCGGUGUGGCUCCAAAGAUAAUGUGAAACAUGUACCCGGUGGUGGCAAUGUUCAGAUUGUGCACAAAAAGGUUGAUCUGACCAACGUUCAAUCGAAAUGUGGAUCAAAAGCCAACAUUCGUCAUAAGCCAGGCGGAGGAAAUAUCGAGAUCAAAAACGAGAAGAUUGAUUUCAAAGGUCAGUCUAAGAUCGGCUCUCUUGACAACAUCGGCCACGUCCCCGGAGGAGGACAGAGACGGAUUGAGAGCCACAAGCUGAGCUUCCGCGAGUCCGCCAAGGCCCGCACUGACCACGGCGCUGAGAUCGUCUCCUUGGAAGACUCCCCCCACCAGCUCAGCACCGUGUCCUCCUCCGGCAGCCUCAACAUAGCCGACUCCCCGCAGCUCUCCACGCUGGCCGACCAGGUGUCUGCCUCUCUGGCCAAACAGGGCUUGUGAAUGCACCCCCUCAAAAAAAAACCUCCACUUCCUCCACCUCCAAACCACACGACCACGUAGAGGAGUUGCGACGCCUUCCUCCUUAUUUUUCACAGGACUUUUUUAGCUACCCAUCACUGUUUAUCCUUCACUAAACUGCUCUCGAGGCAUUACCUGUAGAGAAAAACAGAGUAACAAGUAACCCAACAUGUAUUUAAUCUCUCUCUCUGGUCUUUGAGCUCUUUAUUUGCUAUUUCUACCUUUUGUAAGUCUCCCUUUAAGAGUUAAAUCACCCCAGCAGAGCCAAACUCUCCCUGUGAAUCUGAGGAUCUUCUCAUUUGUCCUGGUAAAUCUGACAUCGUCAUUUAACGCUUGGUUUCCUGUCACAUUGACUGUAAACCCUUUAGAGAGUCAUGUUCUAAAUGUCCCUAUUGAUGGGUGUUCCCCUCACAUUUCUUUUGAUAAGGUGCCCGGUUUGUGCUGAAGCAGGUUAACAGGGUUAAGAAGUUAAGAAGUUAAGAAGCUGUUAAAAAGAAACGUAGCAGAUUAUUUCAAGUUGAGGCAGAUAAAAAAAAAAAAAAAAAAAAAAAGCUUUCAGACCUCAGUGGUGUCUUUGCUUUGUGUAGUCCCAACACGACACAAGUGUAACCUGGAUUAAAAAAAAUAUAUAAAAAACAGAACGGCUAGAGUAGAAACUUUGGUUUGUGUUGGGCACAGUUUUAUAAUCGUAUUCUGUGGAUAUAUGACAUGUAUUUGAUAUGAAGAAACAUUUGUAUUGUGCCUGCUACUGUCAGUGUUAUUUUAUUUUUUGUUACUGCUCUAUUGUAAAUGAGCUGAAGCUUGAGGAAAAUUGAACCUUUAAACUUUCACGGCCAAACUAUUAAGAGUUCAUUGAUUACAGUAUUUAAACUGCUAUAUGCACAUGAGAGCUAGGUAGAAUAAUCACCGCGAUUAUUAAGUGUUCUUAAAGCGAGACUACGUAACUUCGGCUGAAAAGAAAACAUUGUGAGAAUGCUACAUGCUAAGCUACUGUUUAUCAUUUAGCUUAAAAUGCUAAGCCAUUGCAACAGUAGCACGAGUGCAGAUUGAGGAGUCAUAAAGUCAGCAAACCGCAGAAAUAGAAUAGGAGAACGGAAGUUGAAGCGUUAUCCGCGGCCAUUUAAGUUAGUACAAAAGAAAAUGGCGGUUGUUGGUAAUUGCUGUGGUGGAAACACACGUUAGUGAGGCUGUAAAGUGUCGUCUCCGGAGACGGGUGGCUGGCCAGCUAGCUAGCUUGAUCUUCUCCGGAGCGGUGGCAAAGGGAACAACGAGUGUAGCACUAAAGCAUGGUGGAAUUAGCAAGCUAGCUAAAUUAGCCAGCUGCCUCGCUAGUUAGUUAGCUAGCUAGCUAAUCCCCACCAUGCUUUAAUGCUACACUGGUAUCACUCGCUUGCCGUAAGUCGGUUUAGUUUAUGCGGCCGUUAGCCCGCUACAGCUGUACACAUAAAAUGGCCGCCUCUCUGACCAUCCUACUCCAUUGAUUUGAAUGGGAAUGUCUGUCUACUCCUAUUUCUAUUGUUACGCAGGAAACUGAGUAUUUAGAACGUUUUGCUAACAUUAGCCACCAUAAGCUACCGCUCAUGAGUGUGUUGAACUAUGUAAAAGAUGCCGCUUACGACUUUUCAUUUGUAUUUCCUCUCUCAAGAGUUACAGUCUCACUUUAAAGGGUCGGAAAAAAAACGUAUUUUAAAAUGUACUCAACCAGAACGCAUAUUGCAAAGCAGACGGAUGGACGACGGCGGGUUGAUCGGGCCAAGUUAAUACGAGGGGAGACGUCUGUUUGUGUACCUGAGCAACGGACACAAGACUCAACACUAUGAGACUCUAGAAACAUGAUUUUGUGCGUUUGUCAUUGUGUUGAGGCCCCUUUUCCUUAAUUGGGACCUAAAGAGUCAACUCAAACUACUAAAAACAAACCCAAACUAAAUGUAGUCAGUUAGCGAGGUUCAUAUGAAGAGACGGUGCAGAUUAAAAAAGAUUUAACGACGGGAGUCUUGUAUUUGUUGGACACGAAUGCAAACCAGCUGCUCUCCUCAAAUUGUAACCCUUAAAAAAAUAUAAACGUCCUGAAUAUUCCCGGUGACUCGUCACCAUUACUCACGUUAAUAUUAAGUGAAACAACUUCUUGCAUGCACCUCAUGUAAGUGACGAGUCCGCUUGUUGCCCCCCUUCUUUUCACAAAGUGGUCUCUUUGUAUAUCCUGUUUUAUGAAAGACGUGCUGGUCGAAGACUUAAAAAAAAAAAAAGUAUAUGUGGUUAUAAAGAGUCGGAACACUUCACUCCCAACUGUGUGCGUUUUUUAAACAUUUGUUGCCAAAAUAGAUAUAAAAAAACGCGAAGAUGCUUCUUUUAAGUUAGCAGACAGCACUUUAAGGCGCUUGCGAUGUGAUCUGCAUGCUGACUUCUUGGUUCUUCUGUUCCAAUAAACCACGUUCGUCUCGGUGUGCAGGAAGGGCUGAGAGGCUACAGUAACGUGCUUUGGGUGGUUUUCUGCAGUAACAAAAUCACCUUAUUUCAGUUUACGUCUGACGCUGUACAGUUUGUGGAAAUGUGAUUGUUCUCGUUGUUGUGCAUUUGAUCAAUAACUGGUUUAUGAUGAUUCUUGUUGCUGUAUGUGUGUAUUUGAAAAUAAAUGCUAUGAAGUCAC